UGCUACUCUCAGAUUAAACAGGAUUGAGAAAAUAGAGGUUAGCUGGGGGCAAGAUUAUACGUAAAUUGACACAGCUGGACUAGGUAUGCUAUAAGAUUAUCGCAGACUCGAAAAAGUGAUUUCUUGCGUUAGCUUUGGUUGAUUCAGUCAAUGGAUCUUUUUUACCUUGGCGUUAAUGAACAAUUGUGUACCUUAAUUGGAUUUACGCUCUAAAGAAACAACGAUGGAUUUACCACGUGUGCUAAUUGUGAGUAGCAUCCCUGGGAAAGCAAGCGAAAUUGCCCAAAGUAUUGGGUCUGACAGACUGUCAGUUCAGCAUGAAACUGAAUAUUACAUUUGGAAUAUAGAUAAUAAAUACUACACGGCAAAAGUUUUAUUAUGCGCUUUGCAAAAUACAAGUAUUGAAGUCGAUGCUGAGAACGUGGAAGCACUGAUUGUAUAUCAUGAACCAGAAGCGGAUAAAGAGGCAUGCGAUUUGGAUCAGUGGAUUCCAAUGAUAGCUUCUCUGAAUGAGGCUGAUGUUCACAUACUUGCGUGCAGUUCGAUUCCUAACGGAGUUCUUCGAGACAAAGUGGUAGAAUGGUGCACGCUUCGUAAGAUCGAGUUGGUGACUUUGGAUGAUGCAGGUUGCAACGAAACAACAGAUGCAUAUGACGAUCGCGAUACUUGUGGAUUAGACAGAAUCAUAGAAGCGCUUACUGCACACACAUGGUCCAAUAUGAUUCUUAAAGAUCGUCCCUCAUUAUCUCAGGAAUCAUCUGUGGAACUUAACCGAGUCGGAGACCAGUUUAGAAGUAUUUGCUUAGGUAAUGGGCAUGACAGUAGCGAAUCCUUGCAAGUGGAUCAUAUUUUAGAUGGCAUUAUGGGUGGAGAUAAUACCGAUUUUGGUGAACUUUUCGGUCAAUUAAUGGCUAUGAAAGAACGAGCGGCUUCUCUGCCAGCAAAUCAAAGAAGGGUUGCAGCGGAACAAUUAGUUACAGCUUUUUGGAAAGCCAUGGGCGGAGAUCUUUCUGAAUUAGAUGGGAUAAAUUAAAAGCGAAUGUACCUGAGCAUAAUGUGUAAACACAAUGAUAGGUCUGUGGUGGAAAUCUAAGAUCUCAUUAAUUAUUGAAAGCUGAGGAAGCUACCGAAAGAACAGAAUGUAAAGUCGUUCAUCCAUUAAAUUAUAAUUUUGUAUAAUAUUUAAUCCUGAUCUCAAUAUCAGGAUGAUACUUUACAAAACAAUUCAAUCACCGACAUUCUCAUGAAUCACUGUAAUUUAUCCCGUUGAAGUUGUAGAGAGACCUCUCGUUUCAAUUUGAGCUCAAACAUAGGAGUACAGUGAGGCAAAAUGUGGAAUGAUGACGAUUUGGUACCAGUUACAGUACCAAGUGUGUCAAUAUAAGUGCAACAUCAUGUUUUAUAUAACAACUUACAUCUCAAAUGACGUCAAAAUCAGAGGCGCAUGUUUGCUGCUCGUAGGUUUGAUUGUUCAGCCCACAAAAAGGGCUCCGCCCAUAAUUUCAUGGUGUUUCGAAAACACAUAUGAACACUUUCCGAUUAUUUUCGCAAGCUUUUUAUAUUAUAAAAAACCACGUACUCAAACGAUAAUACCAUCUUGUUUUGUAUGUCACGCAUGCUCCAAGCCUGACUUAAUUUUUAUCGUAUAUAAUCGACUUAUUUCGAUGGGUGAUGUCAAAUCGGUUCGAAAUAAAAUAAUUGUACGUACCGA